UCGCGGGGGCCGGCUGAAACGACAACCUGAAGCGCGCCGUGAUCCACUCAGUGCUCACAAACCCACGAUGGCCGCCCGCCCAGUCUUGUUCUGCUCGGCUCAGGAUCCGGCGGGCAGCAAGGAAACGGCACUAAACAUGACGAGGGCACGCGAAAAACGAAACAUGGCCGCAUGGAGCUGCAAGACAUGGCUGUGCGCUGGCGACAAGCGCGCGAUCAGAGAGGGAAGGGACCGCGAGAUGGGAACGAGAGCGAGGGCUCCGACUUGGUUUUGCUACCGUUUCAACCGCGAUCUUCACGAUGACCAGUAAUCGCCGUGUCUCCCACUCGGAUCAUGGGGGUUCCCUCGAGCAAGGCCGACUGCAGCUGAGGAUGUUUGAUAUAUAGCAC